AUGUACCGAGUCUAUGUCGGUGACAUGCACACGGUGCAACGGCAGCUUCAUGAACAGUACGGGCCUGUUGUUCGCAUUGGGCCCAACGAGGUCUCCACUGCCGACUUGUCCACGCUACCACAAAUCUACCGGAACCAGCGACCUCUGAUAAAGACUGACUUUUACUCUGUCUGGGGAGGAGGUACAAUCAGCGAGCAGCUGGACCUCUUUGCAGAGACAAAUGAGAGGGUCCACAGCAACCGCCGGAGGACCGUCAACCCUGUAUAUACACUGACCAAUGUCUUGAAAAACGAAACCUAUAUCAACAAAGUGUCGGAACUAUUUAUCCAGCGCUUGGGCGAGUUUGCUGACCGCGGUGAAUCCCUUGACUUUGGAGAAUGGCUGCAGAUGUAUACUUUUGACGUUGUUGGAGAGAUUUUCUUCGGCAGCAUGUUUGGCUUCCUAGAGCACAGCAAGGAUCAUGAGGCCUACAUUGCCUCGUUGGACGCGCUUAUGCCUGUGCUUUGCGUUGCAGCAGUAGCAUCAAACUACAUGCGACCCUUGGUCAUGGGCUCGGCGAUUGCUAUACCAGUGGUGUUUAAAGCUCUCAAGGCUCUGGAAAGUAUCAGGAACGCCGCCGUCAUAGCUACCAAGAAACGAGUCAAGGAGGUUGAAGAUGGCAAAGUCCCUCGAAAUGAUAUGCUGCAACAGCUCUUUGAUAUUGUCCAGGAAAAGGGAGAAAAGGCCAACUUUAGCGGACGUGAGGUGACGUUGGAGGCAUACGUUGCCAUGCUCGCUGGUUCCGACACGACUGCGAUUGCUUUCCGCGCUACAUUUUACUACCUGGUACGCAAUCCGGAGAUGCUCCGAAAGGCACAAGCGGAGAUUGAUGCUGCGGUUGCUGCUGGCCUGUUGAGUUCGCCAGUCAAAUACUCCGAAGCCACUACCAAACUGCCGUAUAUCUGCGCGUCGAUCAAGGAAGCCAUGCGCAUGCACCCAAGUGUUGGAUUGAGCAUGCAGCGAUAUGCACCAGAAGAGGGAAUAGAGACGGGGAACAAGUUUAUUCCAAAGGGCUACCGUAUUGGAAUGAAUCCGGCUGUUGUCCAUUUCGACAAGCAGGUUUUUGGUGACGACGCGGAUGAGUUUAGGCCUGAGAGAUGGCUAGUGAGCGAGGAGCAAUGGAAGGCCAUGGACAAGUGCCUGCUCACCUUUGGAGCGGGUACCAGGACCUGUGUGGGAAAGAAUAUCUCUCUAGUCGAGCUGCACACCCUUGUCCCGGAAGUGCUUCGUCACUUUAAGCUGGAGAUGACACACGACCAGCCCUGGACGACCAGCAACCGGUGGUUCAACAAGCAGACUGGUCUGACUAUGAAGUUUGUUCGACGGUAG